AUGACUUGCUUCACGCUUCAAAUGCUGCAUGCUGCAUGCAGAAACCUGACCUCUGUGGCGGCCAUGGAAAUUCCAGGGCUGAUGUCACACGCUGAGUCAGCUGACUACGGGAAAGCCGUUCCCGAGGUCCGGGAGCUAAGAAUUUUCCGUCGAGGGUCUCUCAGCUCAAUUGAGGCCCAUCAGCACUAA